AGAAGAAUCGUGACAGACAGCGUUAGUUAGCCGCAUUCCCGAGCAUCUCGGAUGGAUUAGCGUUACAGCCCAGAGCAGACACACGAAGGGAGGAAAGAUUAAUCCCGCGACUGGAAUGUUUUGAUGAUGAGUGGAGACCACAGAGCUCUCGGUCUGGAUCCAGGUUCUGGCUAGCUAUUGCUAAUAGGCAGGCAGUUUAUGUGCUCUAUGGAAUCCCCGAGGCCGGUUGAAAAGGCGGGCCGGCUGACGUAAUGACGUUACCGGGAGAAGCGGCUCUCCUGUGGGCUGUCAGCUGAUGGAGAGGAGUCCCUGCUUCUCCUCUCUCAGACACAAACUGGGAUCAGAUGAGGAGGAUGUGGAGCACAGAAAGGAGACAAUGAUGAUACUUGGAAUGAAUACCUGCCUGUUUUAUAAGUUUACAAGAUAAGGCGCGUUUUUGUUUUUUUCUUUUUGGGGGGGUUGAUGCUUGUUUUGCUCAACUGAUAGGAGUCUCAACUUUACCCUGGUGGAUAUCUAAAUAUUUUUUAGGCACUUUCAUUUGGUGCCUUCUCUCCGAAACAGCACGUACUUGGUAGCAUCACAUCAAAAAUGACCUGAGUGCCUUUUUUUGUGUGUGUGCCACCUCAUUUGGCUACAUAACAUCGUUAAUCCAGCAAUGCUAAAAUCCACCUGUUUUUUGACCUCACCUGUGCUUUCUGGGGAAGUUUUUAUUGAUCGCCUUUAGUCACUAUUCCAGAUCCCCAAGUAAAAGCACCAGUACUAUGCACCGUUGUUGCUGUCUCAAUUCUGACACGGAACUGGUAACCUCAAAGGAGGAGACGUGCUGAUAACAGUAGUUGUCCUCUCCGAAGAACCUCCCUAAGGGUACUUUUUAUUCUGGGAGUGUAGAGAGCUGCAGGCAUGUUCGCUGCUGUGGAGCAUGGCCCGGUCCUGUCCAGUGACUCCAACAUCUUAUGUCUGUCCUGGAAGGGCAGGGUGCCCAAGAGUGAGAAGGAGAAGCCGGUAUGCAGAAAGCGUUACUAUGAAGAGGGCUGGCUUGCCACCGGGAACAGCCGAGGAGUGGUUGGGGUUACGUUUACAUCCAGCCACUGCAGACGGGACCGGCCCACCCCACAGAGAGUAAACUUUAACCUCAGAGGGCAUAAUAGUGAGGUGGUAUUGGUGCGUUGGAAUGAGCCUUUCCAGAAACUGGCCACAUGUGACACAGAUGGAGGCAUUUUUGUUUGGAUCCAGUAUGAGGGCCGCUGGUCUGUGGAGCUCGUCAAUGACCGAGGAGCUCAGGUGAGUGACUUUACCUGGUCCCAUGAUGGGACCCAGGCUCUUAUCUCCUAUCGUGAUGGCUUCGUCCUGGUGGGCUCUGUCAGUGGGCAAAGACACUGGUCCUCUGAGAUCAACCUGGAAAGCCACAUUACCUGUGGUAUCUGGACCCCAGAUGAUCAGCAGGUGUUGUUUGGUACUGCAGAUGGACAGGUGAUAGUGAUGGACUGCCACGGGCGCAUGCUGGCCCAUAUACUGCUGCAUGAGUCGGACGGUAUUGUCAGCAUGUCCUGGAACUACCCCAGCUUCCUGGUAGAGGACAGCAGUGAGAGCGACACAGAUUCUGAUGACUAUCCCCCACCACAAGUGCACAGCCAGAAACCACUGCUGACAGUCAGCUUCACCUCUGGAGACAUCAAUCUGAUGAACAGCUAUGACGACCUCUCCCCCAUCCUCAUCCACACUGCUCUGAAAGAUGUGGUGGUCCAGUGGUGCUCACAGGGGGAUCUACUAGCAGUGGCAGGGAUGGAGAGGACCCUCCUUCCCACUGACACCUCCUGUCCUCCACCCAGCAGGAACGCCAUUGUCAAGUUCUACAAUGUUCAAGGCGAACACAUCUACACACUGGAUACACCAGCACAGCGCCCCAUCACUACGCUCUGCUGGGGUCACCGGGACUCUCGUCUGUUCUUGGCAUCGGGCCCAGUGCUCUACGUCGUGCGAGUUGAGCACCGCAUCGCCACACUGCAGCUGCUGUGCCAGCAGGGCAUUGCCACAGCGGUAAAGGAGGAAAAAGACAUUGCCAAGCUCACCAUGCCUUCCCGGCUCUGUUCUUAUGUCACUGCCGCUUUUGUUCCCACCAUCAAGCCUCCCAUCCCAGAUCCAAACAACAUGAGAGAUUUUGUGAGCUAUCCGACAGCUGGAAACGAGCGCCUGCACUGCACCAUGAAGCGUACGGAGGAUAACCCUGAAGUGGGAGGGCCUUGCUAUACUCUGUAUCUGGAGUACCUAGGAGGUCUGGUCCCUAUCCUCAAGGGCCGAAGAAUAAGCAAACUUCGGCCUGAGUUUGUUAUUAUGGAUCCCAAGACAGACGGCAAAACAGAUGAGAUAUACAGCAACAGUCUGAUAUCAGCCAUGAUUGACAGCUGUAACUGUUCAGACUCCAGCGACAUUGAGCUGAGUGAUGACUGGGUUGGCAAGAAAUCGCCAAAGAUAUCCAGGGGUAGCAAGUCCCCCAAACUUCCCAGAGACUUAGUUUGUCCCUUUACCAACAGGAUCAACAUUGAUCCCAGAAAAUCUCCCAAACUCUCCCGUGCUACGCAGGAGAUCUCCAGGUCACCUCGGUUACCCAUACGUAAACCCUCGAUUGGGUCUCCCAGUCUAACACGGAGGGAAUUUCCUCUAGAUGACAUCACUCAGCAAAAUUACCUUGCUCAGGUCACAUCCAAUAUUUGGGGAACAAAGUUCAAGAUAGUGGGGCUGGCUACUUUUUUACCCACCAAUCUCGGUGCAGUUAUCUACAAGACAAGCCUCCUCCAUCUGCAGCCCAGACAGAUGACCAUCUACCUGCCAGAGGUGCGGAAAAUCUCCAUGGACUACAUCAACCUCCCUGUCUUCAGCCCCAAUGUUUUUAGCGAGGAUGAAGAUGACCUGCCUGUUUCAGGCCCUGCUGGCGGUGCUGAUGACAACCCACCCUGCACUGUCAACAUCCCUAUUGCCCCCAUCCAUAGUCCAGCCCAGGCCAUGUCCCCUGCCCAAAGCAUUGGUCUGGUCCAGUCACUCCUAGCCAAUCAGAAUGUUCAGUUGGAUGUCCUAACCAAUUCCACGGCAACCUCUACUGGAGGGGCUGCUGGUGGGUCAGACCAAAGCCAGGACACCAUCUUGACAGCCCAGUACACAGUACCGACCAGGUACUCGAGUCCUGGUCAGGUCAUAUUUGGGGGACUGGAAGUAGGUCGCCUAGUGGUUGGACCGCCACCUUCUCAUCAUCCUUCACAACAACAACAACAGCAACAACACCCAAGUCAACAUCAACAACAGCAACAACAACAGUCACUUCAACACCACCAACAACAAAUUCAGCACCAUCAACAGCAACUCCAACAGCAGCAGCAGCAGAUGCUCCAGCACCAACACUUACAACAACAGCAGCAGCACAUUCAGCAGCAGCUCCAACACAUACAGCAGCAGCAGCAGCACCACCAACAGCAGCAGCUCCAGCAGCACAUACAUCUACAGCAACAGCAACAACUUCAACAGCAACUGCAGCAACAGCAGCAAAUACACCAUCAGCUGCAGGCACAGCAGCACCAUCAGCUUCAGCAGCUUCAAAUUCAAAUCCCCGUUUCCUCGAUGUCUUCAGGACAGCCUUCGGGUGCACCUCUGCACCAGCUACAACCAGGGGCUUUGCAUAUCCAGAUUCCUCAUCAGUCUGCUGAUUUAGUGGUUGAGAGAGCAGUAGGGGGCGAGCACGAACACUUACUAAAGAUCAAAACUACUCGGUCACCUCCACAGCUGGCUGAGGGUGACACGGUGGUGUUCAGUGCCCCUCUAGAGCUAAGCAAGAUGAACCCCCCACCCCCCUACCCUGGGACAGUGGCUGCUGCUGUGGCUGCUGCAGCUGCUGCUGCUGCCUCGGCAUCAGCUUCCGCUGCAUCUUCCAGUGCUGCGUCUGGAUUAGGAGGGGGCGCCAGUGGAACUCCUCCCCCUGGAGACCUUUGCAUGAAGAAGGGUGAGUUUCCACUUCAUCCUUCAGGCCAGCAACAAGCGCAGUAUCCAACACCGCUGGGCUAUGAGAGGAUAACGACAUUUGACAGCAGUGGGAAUGUGGAAGAAGUAUGUCGUCCUCGAACACGCCUGGUCUGCAAUCAGAAUGUCUACACGCUCCAAGGACCUGGCAGCUCCGCCACUCUCAGGGUAACCUCGUCUUCAUCCUCCUCCUCAACUGACAAGAAGCUGCAGCUUCCCUACACCUCUGCUACCCUCAACAGACUCACUGCACCUCGCUAUUCUAUACCCAGUGGAGACCCGCCUCCGUACCCUGAUUCAGCCAAUCAGAACAGCUCUGCUGGCAGGAAUCCCGGACAGAGGCUUGACAGCAGUUUGAUCCACGCCACCCUCAGGAGGAACAGCCGAGAGGCAGCACUCAAAGUUUCCCAGAUGCUGGAACCACCUAGACCACUCCCUCCCAAGGCGAAAAACAGUACUGCACUAGCAGCCUCAUUCCAGCAGAGGGUGCCAACAGCCUUAUACACCUGUAGUCAGUGUAGCAGUGGAUCUAGUGUUGGAGGCACUGCCCCAGGGAGUGCUAAUGGAAUAGCGGGAGGAACUAUUAUCAGACAAGAUUUUCCUCCAGGCAAUGGAGCACCGCACAGCACAGUCAUUGUUCAUUCAAACAGUGCUACUCCUCUGGCCUCCCAGUCCUCUUAUAAUCUGAUGAGUUCACUUGAAGUGUCUGGAGCUGCAGCAGGGGUAAGCAGCAGAGACAGGGCUGAUUACGUUAAUUCAGCAUUCACAGAGGAUGAGACACUGAACCAAUCAUUGAGGCAUCUGGCACUAGGAGGAAGUGAUGCAUCAGGGCUGGUGGUCAAGCGCCCACCUCCCUAUCAGUGGGAUCCAGCAUCCACAGAGGAGGUGUGGGUUCCUCAGGAACGGACAGCGACUUUAAACUCCACUGCCCCCCCUGUACCACACAAACCACCUCCCCUUAUUCUUAGCCCAGCUCAGCACUUGGAUGUAACCAGGCUGCCUUUUGUCCUUUCUCCAAAGUCCCCUACAAGUCCUAGUGCUGCAUCAUUCCAAGCUGCUGCUGCUGCUGCAGCUACAGGCUACCAGAUCUCGCUCCAGUACCCCCCAGCAACUGCCUAUUCUGGAGCCCAGCUCCAACCAAUCCCAGGUUCUCCACGCCCCUGCGCCUCACCAAAGGAGGUGGUGGCACCUUUGUCCUUUUCACAACAGGAUGCAGCCCUAGUGUUACCACCAGGUUAUUCUGCAAAUCUGGCCAAUCUAGCCUGCUGCCCCCUCCCACCUAUGUACCCAGGAGGAAGUGCUUGUGCUGGGCUUCCCAUUCCUCCCAUUGCCCUCCACACACCCUGGGGUACUUACAAUUCUUGCCCACCUAUGCCCAGUCCUGCAGUGCCACUACCACCCAAAGCCUCCCACCUGGCAGUAGACAAAAAUGUUCUCUCACCACCACCUCCUCUGCCACCACCACCUCCGCCACCACCAGCAGAGCUGCAGAGCCAUGGGGGAUUACAAGAGGCCAUGGCAGAGGCUGGGGAGAGUUUUCAGGAGGUGCUCUCCUUGACUGAGAGCCCUGUACCGCAGCGAUCGGAGAAGUUCAGUAAGAAGAACCGCAAGCGCGUGGACGGUCGGGCUGAGGAAGCUAAUGUGCCGCCACUGGCCGAAGGGAGCAAAUCCAAAAAAGAGGGCAGAGCUCUGGGUGAUUUCAAUUCUCUCAUUUCCAGUCCACGGCUGGGAGGAAGAGACAAGAAGAAGAUCAAGGGACAGAAAGAGCAACAGUUGAAGGCUAAGAAGCUGAGUAAAGCCACUGCCAAUAGUGAGUUCCAAGAUAGUUCAGAAAGUGAGCCAGAGCUAUUUAUCAGUGGGGACGAGCUGCUCAAUCAGUGCCAGAGCAGUAAAAAGGGUUGGAAGAGUAAGAGGAACCUGAGGGCUGCCAGUGAGCUGGAUGAGAUCAAGUGUCGAAAAGCCAAUGAGAAGGAGGACAGAGGGCUUGGCAGCCAGGGCUUUGUGUAUGUCAUGGCCAACAAGCAGCCACUGUGGAAUGAAGCCACGCAGGUCUACCAGCUGGACUUCGGUGGCCGUGUCACCCAGGAGUCCGCCAAGAACUUUCAGAUUGAACUGGAGGGGAGACAGGUGAUGCAGUUUGGCAGAAUUGAUGGCAAUGCCUACAUCCUGGACUUCCAAUAUCCCUUCUCUGCUGUGCAGGCUUUUGCAGUAGCUUUAGCCAAUGUUACUCAACGCCUCAAAUGAGAUGUCUCCUCCCUGUUUACCCUGAGUUGUGGGCUUUAGAUGCAGUCUGUUGAAGGGGGUACAGCUGUUUCAUUUGAGAAUCAUAAACUCUUGGAUUGGAUUCUGGAGACGAGGACUGAAAUAAGCCCUGGCCAUAGAGAGAAAUACAAUCACGCUGCACUACACAAUGCUGCCACUAGUGUUGGUGCAAAAGCAUCGAUUGUAUUUAUGAAGGAUGCCGUCAGACCUGCUCCGUUCGGCAGUUGCCGGCACCCUGCAGUGCAUGUAGGGCCAAAGAGCUGAGCUUUGGUAAAUCAUCAUGCAAAUAAAUGCUGCUUUAGCUAGGAGAAGCUUAUAGAUGUGAUAACCAAUUGGUUAAGAGAGAGAGAGAGAGAGGAAUUGCUAAGGUGCAGUUUUCAAAAGAAGCAGCAGUAAUACUUGAAAAACACACUCUGGAGAUCAAACUUGUUAUCCCUAGAGCGCACAGGUACUACUGGGCACUGAAAUCCAUUGCUGUACAAACCUUUAGUGAAACAGUUACCACUUUAUUAUACUGCUUUUGCUUUUAGGAUUUUCUUAAAAGACUAAACACAGUGGAGGGUAGGAGGGUCUUUUUUUGUUUUUGCUCUCUGCCCUUUCCUUUUGUUACUGUUGCAGCCUGUCUGGGCUGGAAAUGAGGUUUAGAUAUAUGCAUUAUUUUGGAACACUACUAAGAGUUCAGGCUUUUCACUGUUGUGAAAAGUGGGCCACUGUUACAAUAUCUGGAAGGUAAAGACCUGCAGUCCACGUGUUGCUUUGAAGGAAGAAGAAAUGUUACUCUAAUUUAUAUGUACAUGUUGUUUAUCGAUUCAGAUAUAAAUCUUAACAUUAUUGUCAUUGUUGUGUUACAUAAUCCUCACACAGCUUUCUUACCUGAUUUAUUUGGGAGACUGAGUUUGAAUAUUACUGUGUAGUCAGGAGAAUUCAGGUCAUAGCAGUGUACAGACGUAUCUUGUACUAUCCUGUACUGGUGACAUGGGCGCCAAAGAAGUGGCCAAGGCCAAGACUGAGCAAUUUAAGCUCUGGCAUGAAGUGAUUUGUCACCUGAUGUCACUUCUGUGAAGUGAGUAUGUAGUUGUUGUUGUUUUUUUGGGGGGGUGGGGGGGCUGUCCCUUCUCUUAAAGACCACACUAAACAUGCUAGUAAGGUACAUGAAAUAUUUUUGUAUAUUUCACUUAUGCCAUUUCAUACUCUUUUCAGAACUCAUGUAAAUACAUAUCAGUCAAAUGUACAAUGUUGUAAAGAGACUUAGGUGGCAGAUUUCUGUUUACACUUGUCUCCACUGUGUGUAAGUGUAAUUCCACAUGUGGAGGAGAGCUGUAGUACUGUUUUAACUAAGCAGCCAGGACCAUAGAGAGCAGUUAAGUUGAUCUUACCGUCACUGAAACUCUAAAGUCGGGUCUCCGAUGAAGAAUGAAGCUACGAGAUCUGCCCGUUCAGUAAGCUGACUUUGAAAUCUGAAAAGCUGUUUUGUUUCGGGGUUUUUGUUGUUGUUGUUGUUGUUGUUGCUGUUGCUGUUUGAGGCAGGGAAGCUUUUGUUUGUGUUCAGCUAAGGACAAAGAGCGAGGCCAGCUGGAAGAACUAUGGGCAGCAGUAAAUUAUUCAUUCACGGUGCAAAUAUGUGCAUUAGAUGACAGCCAAAAAUCACAGAGAGAAAUGGGAAUGUUAAGUGCUCAGUAAAAUUGGGAAGGUGUGAUGGCGUACCACCUCAAAUAUUUGUGCCAAAAUAUAGACUUCUGAAAAUCUCAAGCUGAAACAAACAGGCCUAUUGGGAAGUGUAACUUCUUUACUUUGGACCAGCUCUGCUUGGUCUCUGAUUUGAUGAGAUUAUUAGAUUUUUUUAUUUUAUUUUAUUUUUUCUCAUAUUUAAAAAAGGAAAAAAACAAAACAAGCAUGUCUGUUGGGGAGUGGGUUGUAGAGAUGUGGACUGAGGAGAAAAAUAAAUGGUCUCCUGAUCUUGAAAAUGAGCAUGUCGUAAAGAAAACUUUUUUUUGUUAGUUGUGCAAUAUUUUCUUUAACAAAAAAAACCUUUGUCAUUUCUUCUGACCACAGUUUGUUACCUUUUUACUUUAGCAUCUCAGUUGCUGGUCUGUACAUCUUUAUUUAUGAGAUUGUUCCUCAAUGUAGAUCAAGUAUACAUACUGUAUAUUGUGAAGUUUUUUUUUUCCAAACAUUUCUUUGUGUUGGGGGGGGGGUUGUUACAAGUAUAGCCCAAGUUAUGAGAUGGAAAUGCAGGGAUUGGGUUUGAGGGAUGGGAACAGGCGACUUUUUGAUGUUUUUGUGAAGUUUGCAUUGGUGGAAAAGAUGUGAAUGAGUAAGUGCCCGGUUUAUUGUAGUUUGUAGACUAGUUAUGUAGAGUGUAAAUGUCAAGUCAUGGUGUGUCUGUAUUCAGCUGUGCAGUCUACCAGCCCCAUCAGUGUUGAAUCUAUCCUCUUCAACCAUGUGUGGUCAUGACUUCCUGCACAUACACACUCAUUCAUCGUUCACAGGAGUUCACAAGUGUAAGCCACUGAGUUCACGUUCAGCGUUGCUAAUGGACUUGGUUAAGGGUUCAUAUGAUGAUGACCUGUUGUAGAUAUUGUAGGAUUUGGCUUUUCUCUAGAAAAGAUCUGUGCUUUGUAUUUGUAGCUGUAGACUUAAAUGACAAAAAAAAACUUGGGGAAAAAAGUCAGAGUCUGACUUGGUGACUGAACGUUUAUAGUGAAUGGAUAGUAAGGCAUGCCAUGUAAAUUAUUUUAUAAUUGUAUAUGUCACGCAUCUUUUGAAUAAAAUGUCAUUGUUU